CUUGAGGGCUGCCUGAAGGGCAGCAUGCAAAGCCAAUGGGAGGCCGUGCUUCCCAGGCUGCAGCGUUAUAAGAGCCUGUCGGUUCCAUUUGAGCUUAACUCUUUAAAGGUGGGUUCGGGCCCCGUGAGAAAGUAGUUAGUAGUAAAUGUGCCACGUCUUCUAACAAGGGGAAGUCCUGAACUUGCCUGAGGCCGGUAUCCCUAAGCCUUGAACUAAGCUCUUAAAUCUAUGAAGUUGAGGGCCCUUUCGCUGCUGUUGUAGGGACUUCUUUCCUGCUUCAGCAACAUGAGGCUUAUCUUGUGGAACACGGUCUUGACGCUGUUCGUCACUUCUUUGAUUGGGGCUCUGAUCCCUGAACCAGAAGUGAAAAUUGAAGUUCUCCAGAAACCAUUCAUCUGCCAUCGCAAGACCAAAGGAGGGGAUUUGAUGUUGGUGCACUAUGAAGGCUACUUAGAAAAGGACGGCUCCUUGUUUCACUCUACUCAUAAACAUAACAAUGGUCAGCCCAUUUGGUUUACCCUGGGCAUCCUGGAGGCUCUCAAAGGUUGGGACCAGGGCUUAAAAGGAAUGUGUGUAGGAGAGAAGAGAAAGCUCAUCAUUCCUCCAGCCCUGGGAUAUGGAAAAGAAGGAAAAGGUAAAAUUCCCCCAGAAAGUACACUGAUAUUUAAUAUUGAUCUCCUGGAGAUUCGAAAUGGACCAAGAUCCCAUGAAUCAUUCCAAGAAAUGGAUCUUAACGACGACUGGAAACUCUCUAAAGAUGAGGUUAAAGCAUAUUUAAAGAAGGAGUUUGAAAAACAUGGUGCGGUGGUGAAUGAAAGUCAUCAUGAUGUUUUGGUGGAAGAUAUUUUUGAUAAAGAAGAUGAAGACAAAGAUGGGUUUAUAUCUGCCAGAGAAUUUACAUAUAAACAUGAUGAGUUAUAGAGAUACAUCUACCCAUUUAAUAUAGCAUUCACCUUUAAAGAGAGGGCAGUCGUCUUUAAAGAAUAUUUGAUUUUUUAACAAUGUUCUUUCUUGCUUUGUUUUUUUGUUUGUUUUUAUCUAUUUUUCUGACCCCUAUGUAAAGAAUCCCUUAGGGUUUCUAACUAUCCAUUUCUUUCUGUAAGUUAUUGGGAAGAAAAAUGUAAUUUGUCUUUGAAUAGAAGACUUCUGGACUGUUUUUCACUUUCACCGAUAGGAAGCUUUGUUUUACUUUCUUACUUGUAAAUUUAAAAUUUUGCAACUGGAAGUUUACCAGGACAUGAGACCAGGUUAUAGCACAAAUUAGCCGUCUAUAUUUCUGCUUUCCUCUAUUUCUCCAAGUUAGAGAUCAACAUUUGAAAAGCCUUUUGCAAUAGCCCAAGGCUUGCUAUUUUCAUGUUAUAAUGAAAUCAUUUGUCUGUUUAACAACUGGCUCUGAGUCUCGGCUCGAGGACCAGAGGAAAAUGGUUGUUGGACUGGACUUGUUAAGGGCUAGUAAGCCUUUUUUACUAAGGAGAUGUGCAAUGCCAAAGUUAGAAACAAGGUUAAUAACUUAUAUAAAUAUGUAUGCAUUGAAACAUUCUACCUAGGACCUAAGUGGAUGAAGUUUGGCUCCUAGUGACUGGUGGCCUAUUAUGAUAAAUAGGACAAAUCAUUUAUGUAUGACUUUCUUUGUAAUAAAAUAUAUCAAUAUGUUAUAAAUGAGGUAGAGAGUUACAUUUAUAUUCAAUGUUUAUUUCUUAAGCCUAGCAGAUUAUCCUUCCUGGUUCUUUAAUGGGUAGUCUAUAGUAUAUUAUACUACAAUAACAUUGUAUCACAAGAUAAAUUAGUAAACCAGUCUACAUUUUCCCAUUUCUGUCUCAUCAAAAACUGAAGUGGGCUGGGCGUGUCAGCUCAUGCCUGUAAUCCCAACUUUGGAAGGCCAAGGAGGGUGGAUCACUUGAGGUCAGGAAUUUGAGACCCACCUGGCCAACAUGGUGAAACCCCAUCUCUACUAAAAAUACAAAAAUUAGCCAGGCAUGGUGGUGCACACCUGCAGUCCCAGCUACUACUUGAGAGGCUGAGAAGACAGUAUCCACAAGGCAGAGGUUGCAGUGAGCUGAGAUCGUGCCACUGCACUCCAGUAAGGGUGUCAGAGAAAGACUCUAUCUCAAAAAAAAAAAAAAAAGGAGGGGGAGCUACAGCAGCUACUAUUGAAUACCUAUCCUGGGUUUAAAAAAAGAAAAAAAAUUGUAAUUUUAUUUUAAAUUGGCUUUUAUCUUUAAUUAUUUUUUUUAAAAAAAGUUAUCAAAUCUUCAUUUUCUAAGAAUAGCCCUUUAUAGUAUACAAAAUGAUAUUAAGGGCAUUAUUAUCUUUGAUUUUCAUGGCUCUGAGGUUGUAAAACAAGCUGGUGGAGUUUACUAUGCCUAAUUUAUAAAUGAGGAAAUUAUCAUUCAAAAAGAUUGUUAUGCCCAGGGUCAGCACUAACCUACAGAACCAGUAUUCAGUCCCCAAGUUCAAUGUCUUCUACUGCCCUCUACUAAUAAAAAAGUGAAAAUUUUCCUUGGGCCUAAUUCUGUCUUCAGUUUGCUGUUCUGUUAUCUUUGAGUCUUCGUUCUCUGAAAAUGGUUUUCUGCCUGUUUCUGGCUCAUUAGAAUUCUCACUAUGAUAUAGAAAUGGCUCCAGUUUCAUAGCAUAAUCUUGUAGUUAGCUCUGAACUGCCUCAAAAACCCUGAACAAUGAGAGGUUCAUGGUGUGUUUUACUUCUUUUAUUUCUAUUUAUCCUCGUUUGUUGUUUUUAAGGAGUUAUGAACAAGUAUUACAUCAUAUGUAGACCACUUUCACUGAUUAUACAUUGACAUUUUCCUCACUAAAAUAUAAAGUUCUUAGGAAGAAUAUACUGUAACACUGUUCUCCAACAAAAUCAGCUGUAUGUUGAAACCAUUAAGUCAUUGCUAAUGUUUUAAGCCCUCAUACAGAGAGCCUUAUGCUCUAUGAUGGGAGGAGGGAAAGUAGAUUGUCCUAUGAUACUACUCUGUAUUAACAUUACUGAUGCUAUCAGGGCAAGAAAAGUAAAAAGAGUUUUGAUUAUUCAGGCAGCAUUUUUUUUUUCUUUUUGAGAAAGAGUCUCGCUCUGUCACCAGGCACCAGGCUGGAGUGCAGUGGCACAAUCUCGGCUCACUGCAACCUCCACCUCCGAGUUAAGCAAUUCUCCUGCCUCAGCCUCCUGAGUAGCUGGGACUACAGGAGUGUGCCACCAUGCCCAGCUAAUUUCUGUAUUUUUAGUAGAGAUGGGGUUUCACCAUGUUGGCCAAGAUGGUCUUGAUCUCUUGACCUCAUGAUCCACCCACCUCAGCCUCCCAAAGUGCUGGGAUUACAGGCCUCAGGCAGCAUUUUAAAAAACCUGUGAAUUUGUAUCAGUUCUCAUCUAAAUAUUUGGACAUGAGUAUAAAAUGAAAACAUAAGCACAAGUUAUGGUUGUUUUUCAGUUAUCUGUUUUUUUGUUUUGUUUUGUUUUGCUGUACCUUUGCACACUUCCAUUAGUGGGAAUAAUCAGACAUGAACUGUAACUUUACAUGUAUGGUCAUACCUUGCUUAGUGAUGGAGAUACACUGAGAAAUGUCUUCUUAGGUGAUUUCAUCAUUGUGGGAACAUCAUAGAGUGUCCUUACACACACCUAGAUGGCAUAGCCUGCUACACAGCUAAGGAUAUGUAUAUAGCCUAUUGCUCCUAGGCUACAGCAUGUUGUUGUUCUGAAUCUUGUAGGCAAUUGUAACACAAUGGCAAGUGUUUGUGUAUCCAAACAUAGAAAAGAUACUAUAAAAAUAUGUAUAAAGGAUUUUGUAAAAAAUGGUACACCUGGUUGGGUGCAGUGGCUCACGCCUGUAAUCCUAGCACUUUAGGAGGCUGAGGCAGGUGGAUUGCUUGAGCCCAGGAGUUCAAGACCAGCCUGGGCAACAUGGCAAAAUCCCGUCUCCACUAAAAAUACAAAAACUGAGGUUGGAGGGUCACCUGAGCCUGGGAUAUCAAGUCUGCAAUGAGUGGUGCAUGAUCACACCACUGCACUCCAGACUGGGUGACAGUAACACGCUAUCUCAAAAAAAAAAAUUUUUUUUUAAUGGUACACCUGUAUGGGGCACUUACUAAUGGAACUUACAGGACUGGAAGUUGCUCUGGAUGAGUCAGUGGUGAUUGAAUGUAAAGGCUUAGGACAUUACUAUACACUACUGUAGACUUUAUAAACACUGUUCACUUAGGCUAUAAGAAAUUUAUAAAAAAUAUUUUUCUUCUGGCUGGGUGUGGUGGCUCAUGCCUGUAAUCCCAGCACUAUGGGAGGCUGAGGUGGACGGACCAGCCAGGCAAACAUGGUUAAACCCCAUCUCUACUAAAAAUACAAAAAUUUGCCAGGUGUGGUGGCACAUGCCUGUAGUCCUAGCUACCUGAGAGGCUGAGGCAGGAGAAUUUCUUGAACUCAGGAGGCAGAGGUUACAGUGAGCCAAGAUUGCACCACUGUACUCCAGCUGGGAGACAGAGCAAGACUCUGUCUCAAAAAUAAGAAAAAUUUUUCUAUAAUUUUUAUAGAAAUAAUAAAAAAUUAACCUUAGUUUACUGUAAAUUUCUACUUUAGAAACUUUUUGAUUUAAAAACAAUUUUUGGACUCUUCUAGUAAUAACAGCUUAAAACACAAACACAUUGUACAGCUAUACAAAAAUAUUUAUAUCCAUAAGCUUUUAUCUAUUUAAAUUUUGAAUUUUUAAACUUUUUGGUCAAAAACAAAGACAAACAUACUAGCCUAGGCAUAUGCCAGGUCAGGAUCAAGACAUUCCUAUCAGGUGACAGGAAUUUUUCAACUCCAUUAUAAUCUAUGGGGCCACCAUCAUAUAUAUGGUAUGAUGACCGAACCAUCAUUAUGUGGUGCUGUGACUAUAUAAUUUGCGUCAAUACUGCUCAAUGUGCCAUAUUUAAAUUUACAUGACUAUAUUGUGACAUUCUUUGCAAAAUAAAGUUUAUUUGGGAAAUACUGA